AUGACUUGGAUAUCAUUGAGUAUACCUAUUGGUAUGAAAGAUUUAAGAUCAAAAUUAUCCAUUAUUCCUCAGGAUCCAGUCUUAUUCAACGGGACCAUUAGAACCAACCUAGAUCCAUUUAAUGAACAUGACGAUGAAAAGUUAUGGAUUUCAUCAAGGAGAUCCGGAAUUAUCACAGCUAAAGAGAUUACAUGCUUCAAGUCAAUUGAUAAAUCUACACCAUCUGAAUUAUUACCCAAAUUCCAUCUAGAUAAAGUUGUUGAAGCUCAAGGACAAAAUUUUGCCUUGGGAGAACGACAAUUGGUAUCAUUCGCCCGGACAAUGGGUAGAGAAUCAAAAAUCAUUAUACUCGAUGAAACUACUUCUUCAGUUGAUUACAUGACAGAUAAUACCAUUCAAAAAUCAAUCGCGAAUGAAUUUCCGACUGUACGAUAUUAUGUAUUGCUCAUAGAUUAA